AUGGGAAGAGAUCGGUCGUCAAGCUCGGACACAGACGACUACUACCGCUCCAGCAGCAGCAGAAAAAGAGAAGAUUCACACCGCCGUCGCGACGAUCGGCAUCGGGACUCGGAUCGAGAUCGAGAUCGACGAAGGAGAAGCCGUUCUCGUUCCAACUCGAAUCGUCAUAGAACAACAGGAGGAUCUCAACGGAGUCGUAGUAGCCGACAUGGAUCAGAUUACAAGGAUACCUCGUUGAUGACUCGACCUUCUGUGGCAAGCCAUUUCGGUACUCCUCCAAUUGAUGUGGCUGAUUUCGACAAUUGGGUGAACAUUCUUGCGAAAGUGGAUCAGAGUGAUGAUGUGGAUUUUGCCCGCGAAAAGUAUCGCUCUUUCCUUUCGAGAUAUCCAAAUUGUUACGGAUUCUGGCAGAAAUACGCCGAAUACGAGAAGAAGAUGGGGAAUAUUGCCGAAGCUAAAGCUGUCUGGGAAAAAGGAAUUAUCAGUAUUCCGCUUUCGAUUGAUCUCUGGCUCGGAUAUACUGCAGAUGUGAAGAAUAUCAAGAACUUCCCGCCAGAAUCCUUGCGAGAUUUAUACGCCAGAGCAAUUGAAAUCGCGGGGCUCGAGUACCAAAGUGAUCGGCUUUGGCUGGAAGCAAUUGGCUUUGAACGUGCCGUGUACAUGGAUGAGCUUUGCAAAGGAAACACUAAUGCGAGUUGCAAGAGAAUUGGAGUUUUGUUCGACAAACUUUUAUCUACUCCAACAUUCCAUGCACCAUCUCAUUUCGAUCGAUACGUACAGUACUUGAACACUAUCGAGCCACAUCUUUUGCUCAGUGAUCGAGAAUACGAAGAGAUAAUGAAGAUGGUCUGCAAACAGCUUGGGAAAUCGAUCGAAGAACUCGUGCAACAAGUCCAAUUGAGUUAUAUAUGUCAAUCUGGAGAGAACGGAAUGCUCAACAUCAUGACGGAAUCCGCUGAAGGAACAUUCCCGAUCACUGUGAAUAGUCUCCAACACGAUCCGACAGCACUACAGCUUAUUCGCGGAGAAAUUGUGGCUCGCCGUAAGAGAAUUUAUGACAAGAACAUGAAAGAGUGCGAGAUACGUGCUGGAUUCGAAGCAAACAUCAAAAGACCAUAUUUCCAUGUGAAACCACUCGAUUAUCCACAAUUAUUCAACUGGAUGUCUUAUUUGGACUUUGAAAUUAAGGAAGGCCACGAAGAACGCGUUAAAAUUCUUUUCGAUAGAUGCCUGAUUCCAUGUUCUCUCUAUGAAGAAUUUUGGAUCAAGUACGCUCGUUGGACAUGGAAAACGUACAAAUCGAAAACAAAGUCUCGAGAGAUUUAUAUGAAAGCGAAGAUACAUUGUCCUACUUCACUGAAUUUGGCUCUCAGUGAAUCCGGUUUCGAAGAGUCUGUUGAAAAUUUCGACGAUGCCAUCAAAAUCUUGGACAAUUUCCGUGAAGAAUAUCCUGGAUACGUCCUCCUCGAGCUGCGUUACCUCGGGGUUCUCCGUCGUAAAUCUGAAAAAGAAGGACACGGAGCGCCAUCGGAAUUUGUGAUGAAUCAAUACGAAUCGCUUAUUAGAGAUUCCCAAUCGUCCCCAAAUCUUCACUCGUUCUACAGUUUAAAACUCGCAAGAUAUCAUCAAAAGUCGCGUCGUGAUCCUAAACUUGCUCAGAAAGUUCUGAAGAAGGCAAUCUCGAUCGACCCAUUCAAUUUGCAAUUGUACAGUCAAUAUGUUGAUAUUGCGUAUUCUUCUGAAUCGAUGUCUGAAUUAGAUGUUAUUCAAUCGUUCGACGUCGCACUGGACAGUAAUCUCAGAUUAGAGGACAAAGUUCGAUUCAGCCAACGGAAACUCGAUUUUUUGGAAGAACUUGGAAAUAAUAUUCUUGCAGUUGAGGAUCAUCGUGAUUUCCAUUAUAACCUUCUUGGUCAACUGCCGGAUAAUGUGACGAUUCGAACUCGAUUUGUGAACGACCCAAGCAGAGUUGCACUGGCUCCAGCUAUGCCUCCCCAACAACAGAUGGUUUAUGCUCCAGCUAUUCAGCAACAACCAGCCAUGAAUAUGAUGCCAAUGAUGCCAAUGCAAAUGCCCUACAUGGCUUCUUCAGCUGUUCAAUUGACUCUUAUCGAAUCUCCCAGUACAAAUUAAACCCAAGGACCGUCUUUAUUCAAUCAAUAUACAAUGACUCUCAUCUUUUAAACCUUACAGAGUAACUUGUGAACUAGUUACCGUGAAUAGUAAUUGCUGUUCUUUUUUAAAUUAUCCUAUUUAUCUGUCCACGACCUCCUGUUAGCACUGAUUUGUUCAAUAAUAUUUGCAAUUGCCCUUUUCCUUUUUCAUCCGCGAUUCAUUUCGUUUUUAUUCAACUCUCCUUCCACUGAUUGUUAUCAAAAUCUGAUUUUAAAAUAAACCCAAGGUUCAUCA